GCUCACUACACACUCCAAGCUAAAGAUGGAAUUGCAAGAAAAGCAUCUAUUAUCAGAUGAGAUGAUAUGAGAUAUGCCUUUCUUUACCCUUAGGCCUUAGCAAAUCAUCCAAAGAAUUGGAUCGGAUCUCCCUAACUUCACAAACAGACCAAUGGAGAAAUUCCCUUCUCUCAUCUACACAUUCCUCCUCCUUCUACCACCAUUUUACAUCAAAGGAAGUGAAGGGAUAAUCGGAGUGAACUAUGGCACGGUGGCGAACAACCUUCCUCCGCCGCCACAGGUGGCGCGUUUCCUCACCGAGUCCACCAUCAUCAACCGCGUGAGGCUCUUCGACACCAACCCCGACAUCCUCAAAGCCUUCGCUCACACCGGCGUAGCCGUCACGGUCACGAUCCCCAACGACCAAAUCCCACGUCUCACAAAAUACACCUACGCCCAACAAUGGAUCAAACUCAAUAUCCUCCCUUACGUCCCCGCCACCACCAUCGUACGAAUCUUGGUCGGCAACGAGGUUAUCUCCACCGCCAACAAGCUCUUGAUCGCCAACCUCGUCCCGGCCAUGCAGGCGCUCCACUCCGCCCUGGCGGCGGAGUCCCUCCACCGCCACAUUCAGAUAUCUACCCCGCAUUCUCUGGGCAUUCUCUCCAACUCCAGCCCGCCGUCCACCGGGAAAUUCCGGCCGGGGUACGACACCCACGUUAUAAAGCCAUUGUUGGGGUUUCUUAGAGCUACGAACUCGCCGUUCAUGGUUAAUCCCUACCCUUUCUUCGGCAGCUCCGAGGACACUCUGGAUUUCGCCCUGUUCCGGUUGAAUUCAGGGGCGUUCGAUGAAAACACGAAGCUUACGUACAAGAACAUGCUGGAUGGGCAGCUAGACGGGGUUUAUUCUGCCAUGAAAGUUCUUGGGUUUGAGGAUGUUGAUCUGGUGAUCGCUGAAACAGGGUGGCCGUCGAAGGGGGACCCCGGGCAGGCCGGAGUUGACGCCGACAGCGCCGCCGAGUACAACCGGAAGUUGAUGAAACAUGUGACGUCAGGAAUCGGGACGCCCCUGAUGCCCAACAGGACCUUUGAGACGUACAUUUUCGCGUUGUUUAACGAGGACUUGAAACCUGGCCCGACUUGCGAGAGAAACUUCGGGCUUUUCCAGCCCGAUAUGACGCCUGUCUACGACAUCGGCAUCCUCCGGCGAACGGCAAGUGGAACGUUCCCUUCGCACCCACGGGCCGGGCCGCCCAGCCCGUCAGCCGCCCCCGCGAGGAAGAAAUGGUGCCUCCCCAAAUCCGGAGCGGAUGAGGAGGCGCUGCAGAGAAAUAUUGAUUAUGUGUGCGGGCUGGGCUUGAAUUGCGACCCGAUUCAGAAGGGCGGCGCGUGCUUUCUACCCAACACUGUUCGGGCUCAUGCGGCGUAUGCCAUGAAUGCAUACUAUCAAGGCGCAGGAAGACACGAUUUUGACUGUGAUUUUCAGCAGACCGGAACACUCGCUUCUAAAAAUCCAAGCUAUGCAAAGUGCAAAUAUUGACAAGAGAUGGUGAAGAAAGGAAGAACGUUAACUAAUAGAGAAACUUAAGUAGAUGUUGAACAAGACUGCAAGAGCCUUGUUUUUACAUAAAAUUUGUAAUUUUCCUUUUUUCCCUUAAAAUAUAAUAAUA